AUGUGGUCGAAAUUGGUUCGGGUUGUACUGGCGCUCGCUUGCUGCACACGUCCGGUGCAGGGCCAGUGUUCGUUUUCGCUCGAUAUGAAGUUCGGAUCGGUGUAUCAGCUUAUCUCGCCCCGGUAUCCUGCGCGGUACGAGCCGAACCUGCAGUGUACGUACCAAAUCCGUGCACCGUACGGAUACCGUAUCGCACUCGAUUGUCCCACCUUUCAGAUACCAAGCAGUACCAACUGCAUGCUGGAUUCGUUCCGGGUAUCUCGCACCGGGUUGGUGAAUUUUUCCGACUCCUUCACCUACUGUGGAGCGGGCCGGCUGCAGGAAAAAUCGGACGCCAAUAACCUGGCGAUACAGUUUACAUCCGCCCCCACCAGCACUGGCGGACUAUUUUCCUGCAAUCUCUCCAUCCCGCAGCAGAGCUGCGAGUGUGGCAGAAAGAAAACGCAACGGAUCGUGAACGGUGUGGAGACGCUGGUAAACGAGUUCCCCAUGAUGGCCGCAUUGAUAGACGUCAAAACGAAAACUGUCAUUUGCGGUGCGACUAUCGUGACGAACGGUUACGCCCUGACGGCCGCCCACUGUCUGUUGCAGCGCACCACGAACGAUACGGUGCUGCUGGUGGGUGAUCACAAUAUCAAAACCGGAAGCGAUACCACCUACUCGCAGGUAUACAUCGUGGCGCAGUUUAUGAGCCACCCGAGCUUCACGGUCAAACCGGUGGCGAACGAUAUUGCGCUCGUGCGCACGCAGCAACCGAUCCAGUACAAUCCGGGCGUUGGUCCGGUCUGUCUGCCGUGGAGCUACACGUCCCAAUCGUUCGAGGGCAGUACGGUCGUGGCGACCGGCUGGGGCGACCUGGACUUUGGCGGACCGCGCGCGUCCGCACUGAACAAGGUGCAGCUGAACGUUAUCGGAAAUGCGGACUGCUCCCGGCGGCUCGGGGGGACGGUUCCGAACCAGCAGCUGUGCACCUUUACCGCCAAUCGGGACACGUGUCAGGCUGAUUCUGGUGGGCCAUUGUUUUACACAAACCCCAGCACGGGUUUGCUGUACAAUGUCGGUAUCGUGAGCUUCGGUAUCGCGUGUGCAACCGAUAAGCCGAGCGUGAAUACGAGGGUCACAGAGUAUCUCGAUUGGAUUAUGGCUAGCACGCCUCGAUCAUUUUACUGCUACCAGUGA